AUGCUCCUCAGCCGCACGAAUCUCCUCGUCCCGCUCAUCCUCUCCCCUCGAUCAAUCCUCAUCACAGCCUCUACCGGUCUUCACGCGGCCUCCGUCCCAGCCCAUCAUCAGCAUUUCAAAAUGUCGUCAUCUACCUCGGAAAGCACCAAGCAGUUCGCUGUCGGCGGUGAAACCGAUCACGGUAUCAAGUUGGAGGGCAAGAAGGCCCAAGUGGUACAGGACGUCCUUGAUGUAAGCUCAGUGGCCCACGAAUCAUGCACGAGCCGUCGGCCAUGCUUAGACCGCUGAUGAGCCUCUUUCCCGGGGCCACACAUAGCUGUUCUCGGCCAAGUUUAGCAAAGAAAUUCUCGACCGAUCCUGGGCCAAGAGUAAGUUACAUCAAUUAUUUUCGUGCUCAACGUCCUGUCAUACUAAGUUGCCCUCCUAUUGAUCUCCCUUUCCUCAAAAUUUGUAGACGCAAUCUUCGCCGAUCCAAUCGCAUACGCCGAGGGCUACGAUCAAUACAGCGCGCAGUGGGCCGGAAUGAAUAUCUUCAAAUCGUCCGAGACGCUUGCAUGGAAGGUGACCAAGAACGAACCCCCGAUCCUCCAGUACGAGCUGCGACAACGCUACGUCCUCCCCGUAACGGGCCAGGAGAAGAUCAUGAACUCGCUGGUCCACAUCGAGCUCGAUCGUGAUGACAAGAUUGUCAAGCUCGAGGAUCGAUGGGAUGGCAAGGCGUUGCCGCAAGGGAGGGUCGCUAAAGCGUUGAGGGACUUCAGUGCGACAUACAUUGUACCCACUAUGGUGAAUGUUGAUAAGGUUGACAAGGAGAACAAGGCCAAGCAAUGA